GAGUGGUGUCAUCUGCCUUGAAGGCAUGAUAAUGGCAUAUAGAUGGAUUUGGUAUAUAAUGACAGCAUGUCUGUCCUGUACACAGGUCCUUACUGUUCAUUCAGUAUCAAUCGAUCAAGCACACAAUCAAGACCAUCUCUACUCUUCCCUAUAUCACCACUCACUCUUUGGAGCAUCAACCUCCGUCCUCUGCAAAAACGCAGCUUCUCCAUCAUGUCGACGCUGCGCAAUGUAGGCCGCUUCAUGGAGGCGCACCCAUUCGAAAGACUUCCCUCAACAAAGGCCAAAGCGCCUGCGGAUUGGGGGCGCCAAAUCAGACGUAUUGGAGGGCAAACCGCAAUCUUCUUUCCCUUCUACGCCGUGAUGAUGGGCUGGCCAUUGGCCAUUGCCUGGGCCAGCAGACGCCGGAAUGGCUAUGUGAUUCCGGAGGAAUCGAGACGACUUGGAUAUGAGUGUAAUUGAUGCCAGACACCCAUAUCAAAGGAAUGCCGUUGCCGUCAUGGUCGAA